GGCCUGCACAUGCGCAGUGUGGCGCGAGACGACCGUUAGAGCCGAUGACGUUUUCUAUGCAUGAGUUUAGCUAGCAACGUCGCCAUGACAUCGCCUACAAGUGUGAUCGGGGAUUUCUAUUGGAGAAGCAGUUUUAGCCUUUCUUCAUACUGUACUGGUUUUGACCGCAGUGUGUUGUGACUGGACCGAAAAUAUGACACCUGUUGGCCAGGCAGACACAGCCAGUUGGCAGCAAGUAGGCCUUAAUAGCAGUAGGUCUAAAUCGUCUGGACCUAUUAAAAAUAAGUGGUUUUGUGCUGCUGGGGCUAGGCGCAUGGAUUAGAUAUGGAGCAGCUACGUUUGUGGAUGUCCUGGGCCCCUACUCGUCUCAGCUCAUCUACAUCAGCUACAUCUGUAUUGGUAUGGGCUCAGUGCUGUCUUUCACGGGUCUCAUCGGCUGCUGUGGGGUUUGGAAAGAGAACCGCUUCUUUAUCAUGCUGUUUUUCUUCAUCGUGACAAUGCUGUUUGUUGCUGAAAUCAUUGGGACUAUUUUUGUCUUGAUGUACCGGAAUCUGGUUAGAUUAGUGGUAKGUGAUGCAAGCAAGAAUUCCCUGAUGACUGCCUAUAUGGGCCCAGCGGCAACUGACCCAAUCUCAACAGCAUGGAACACAGUCAUGGUCAAGUUCAAAUGCUGUGGUUUUGAGAACUCGACUGUAGAUUUCAAGGGCUCUGUGUUCAGUACAACCACGGGUUUGAACUACCCUAAGACUUGCUGCGUGAACAAGACCCUUGCAGACUGUGAUGGUAUCACCAUCACUCCAAGUCUGAUCCAACCACAGAGCUGCUUUGGUAAGGUCAUCACAGUGAUCAGAGAGCAGAGUGUCAUCCUGGGAUCAGCAGCUGGCUGCAUAUGUAUGAUGGAGGUAUACUAUGGGAGAAUCUCAAUUGGUUUUGCUUGACUCCUCGCGUCGUCUCCUCCGUCCUCUCCUCCGUCCUCUCCUCACCUGAUGAAAAGAUAGCGCUGAAGAACAUGGCUGACGUUUUACAUUCCCCCAACCAAUUGUGCUAUUUUGUUAGUUUUUGUUUUGUGUAACUUAUUUUUCAACUUAUUGUGUACAUAAUGCUGCUUCUACCGUCUCUUAUACCGAAAAUAACUUCUGGACAUCAGAACAGCGAUUACUCAUUGCAGACUGGAAGAAACUUUUUCCUU